AUGCAGCAGAAGCUGGACACCAGCAUCUGGGUGGGUAUUGAUGAGGGUCUUUUGCGUCGCAUCCUCUAUGUUUCAAUUUUGCAGCAACAGCCGGAUGCGCUAUCAAUACUCUCCAACACGCAAGUGAUCACUAAUAUCCCGGUACCUCAACCCGAGAACUCGCGGUUGUUGCAUGACGCCCGAUUUGCCAGUCUCUUCACCACCAGUGGGCGCACAGCGGCCGGCGGUGGAGAGGGCGGCUCGGGUGGUUCGAAAGACGUUCAGGCAUUGCUGCUGCUGCUGCUUCGAUCCAAAUCCCCGGAUCACGCAGUGCAGCUUGCAGCGACUGUGGAGGUAGUCAAUCAGUGCUUUGUGAGAGUCCUUCGGCUCUCAGAUCCCAUCGAUACCGGACGACCUCUAUCUGUUUACGGAAAUGAUUCCCUAGCUGCUGUGGAAGUGCGAAACUGGCUUCGGGCCGAGCUUGGGGCUUUAGUAACUACCUUAGAUAUUCUGAACGCUUCGUCGCUUAUCGCUCUUUGCGAGAAGAUCGUAGCAAAAGUGACUAGUUCAUAA